AAAAAGUUCUGCUGAGCUGAUCUCACUGUGGUUCUGAUACCAUCAUCAUCAUCAUCAUCAGAAGAAGAAGACCACCCUGUCCUUUCAGCUAUGACGUCAAAACAAACAAACCCACGUGAUCUCUUGGUUCGGGCUCGCGCUGAGUGGGUUGUGUCCUGCGUGGCCGGGGCGGUUCUGGUUUUAAACACGCUGGGCUGAACCCCGCGGAUGAACUCAGUUUAAACACCCGAACCGGUUCUGAUGGGUCUGCUGCUGAUAUGAGAAAGUUCGGAUCCAGAGGGACUUUAGGUACCGAAGGAUAAUGGGCAUCACGUUCACGCGUGGAUCCGUUUCCACGAUGGGGUGGACACCUCUGUCCUAGGCUGAAGGACCGGGCCCGGGUUCGGUUCUGGGGAAAGUUUGGAGCAGAAGUAUGAACCCGAGAGACGCGCUGCGUGUCUGGCUGCUGAUCCUGGCGGCAGAGUCCAGCUGCGGGCUUCCCACGGACCGGAACACGGAGUCCAGUUCUCAGAUCAGAGCCGAGGAGCAACCAGAAAACCUGCUGCAGACGCUUCCUCUUCCAUCUUCCUCCACCUCCACACAGAGCUGGCCCCAGCAGCCGGACCUCCACCCUUCACCUGCACCCGAGGGGGAGGAGCCUGGAGCCUUCGUCCUGGAUCUGAGGAACUUCCCUGAUCUGGCCAACGCUUAUGUGGGCUCCCAGAACCCCAACAUCCAGGUGACCAUUGAGGUGAUGGAGGACUCCCAGACUGAGGUGGAGAUGGACCUGGCCAAGGAGAACCAGCGCAGCGAUUGGUCCGUGUCGCCGUCUGAGUGGAUGAGCAGGAAGCUGUUCUGGCCGCUAUUCUGGGAGAGCGGGCUGGCAGGAACUGGGCCAGAGGACUACGGCUACGCCCCGGCGGACGCUGUGCUGGGUGGAGUGGGAGCAGACGGGUGGAGCAAAGACGGAGAGACCAAAGACGGCUUCGAGAACGAAGAGUGGAGCGACUGGGCCCCGUGCAGCACCACCUGCGGACCUGGAUCUCAAAAACGGACGCGGUCCUGCGGCUACGGCUGCACGGCAACAGAAUCACGCACAUGUGACCUGGACAGCUGUUCCAGCGCUGUGGUCUCAGAGACCGAGGCGACAUCGCUCCACCAGUUCAACAUCACCGACUCCAGUGUGGACAGCUGUGAAAAGUGGCUGAGCUGCAGGAACGACUUCCUCCAGAAGUACCUCCACCAGGUGCUCACCCAGCUGCCCUCCUGCCCCUGCUCCUACCCCUCCGAGGCCGUCUACGGCGCCAUCAGCAUCCCGGACCGCAGGCUGCGCAGGACGUACCGCUGGAGAGACGCCAGCGGACCCAAAGAACGGCUGGACGUCUACAAACCUUCGGCCCGGUUCUGCGUCCGCUCCAUGCUGUCCUACGACGGCCCGACGCUGGGGGCGCAGCACUGUUGCUACGACGACCGGACGAGGCUGAUCACACGCGGCAAAGGCGCCGGAGCGCCGGACCUGAUCGGCGCCGAGUUCUCCCCGGAGCUGCAUUACCAGGUGGACGUCCUGCCCUGGAUCCUGUGCAAAGGGGACUGGAGCCGGUUCCACUCUGCCAGGCCGCCCAACAACGGGCUGACCUGCCCGGACAACCCGGCCGAACCGGCGUUCCAGACGGAGCUCAGAGAGGCCCGGGAGUACUGAAGGCCGGUUCCGAGAGACAGAACGACCUGACCAAGCCUGAAACCGUCGGACCUGAGCAGCUGUGUGUGUGUGUUGGUGUGUGUGUGUGUGUGUGUGUGUGUGUGUGUGAGAGCUUAUUUAUUAUCCAGGGAACAUUUACUAUGGAGGACAUUCGUAUCAUAGAGCAGCUCAACAGGAAACAUGUUAUGGUAACUGUAAAAUGUCUUUAUUAUUAUUAUGAUUAGGAUUAUUAUUAUACGAGUGAACACACAAUUAUUUCUUUGUACUUUUGAGUUUCUGUGCGAUGAAUUUUUUGCAUAGUGAUAAAAACUCUUGCUACAAAAUGGA